AUGUCUAUCACCUCGAACUUAAACAUACUCUAUAGAAUUGAUUCCGAAGGGUUCAUCUCUGAGAUUCAAGGCAGAUUUGAUACACGGCUGAACUCUAGGAGUGGAGUAAUUUUUGAAAAUUUCAUUGACCCAGACGCUUCCCUUGCUAAGUUAUUACUGGACGAUAUAGCUGUACGAGCGUCCACUUUAGUUGCAACCGAAAUUCAGACUUUCACCAGGUUCAUUACCGACUUUAUGGAUAUCCUCCUGACGGAAAUCAAGUUCUACGACAUCAUUACUUGGCAUCGGUACGGAAACACGACCACAGAUCCUCCGGUUGUUUGCUCCAGACAAAACUCGAGAUCCUCUAUUUCUGUAGGCAACUGGUAUGUCCCAAUUUUCGGUCAUGCCCCUCUAACCAUUCGGGGCUCGCGACUUGACAUUUUGAAAGGUCUUGAAUGUCGCUUUGAAGACGUUUCUACCAUUGUGGUUCAGGCCACCAUUCAAAAUUUAAGUACCGCCUCAUGUGAAAUUCCAUACCUGCACCAAACGGGUCGGAUCCCUGUUGAAAUUGUUCAAGUUUUUCCUUCAGGUUGCGAUCAAAAUUUUAAAGAAACAAUUUUCUCUGCUAAACCUGACGACAUUAAUACAUCCAUGGACGCCAAGGUGGCUAACGAUGGUAGAGUAGAGUUAAUUUGGGACGCCACCUACUUUAAAUCUUCUCAUUUACAGUUGCAUUUGGCAGAAUUGUUGGCAGACCAAGGCACCUGGCAAUCGCGUGGAAUUCUCGUGUCAUCUAUAGUAAACUCAGGGCAGUAUUCCGGCUAUCCAGAAAAUCCCUCCAUUUUGGCCACACUGAAAUCCGGAUUCGUUCUAUUCAUAUCUCCCCCAACAGAAACCACUGCCAUCUACUCGGAUGUUCUCUACACAGGUUACGGCAAAACCAAGGAAUACUUUAUUGAAGUGUGCCAAUCCUGGUAUGAAACAGAUCCCGGCCCACCCACCAACUUAGAACCGUGUCCACCCCUAUUUACUCAGGCGUUAGUAGAUCCCCGCUUUGAGUACGAGUGGGAACUACAAAAUCCUGAGAAGAUAGAAUUCUACCACUCGGGUGCUCAAAACUCGUUCCGGCAAGUCAUCCCAAAUUCGAAUGGAGCCGGUUCACAAUGCACCUACAAAGAUGGAACACUCCUAAUUGGGGCCCCUGGUGGUGGGUCGGCAGACUAUGCCUCUCCUAAUAAUCGCACGGGGUUCAUAUCUCACCACAUUUGGGACGUAUAUCCUUGGUACAUCUGCUGCGGGUUUAGCCAAGACGCACAAUCCUGUCGAAAGUACUAUGAGCGACGUCCCUCAGACGAUGGGACAGAAUACGUGCCCCCUCCACGACCUGGAAAUGGAGAAGGUGACCCACAUAUGACAACCUUUGACGGAGUUUCCUAUACUUUCAACGGCGUGGGUGAAUUUUUCAUGAUCAAAUCCAACAGCGGUGUCAAAGACCGUGAGUUUCAAAUGCAAGCGCGCAUGACUCAAUUCGUAGAUACUGCUAGCGGUCAAGCCCGAAACGCUUCUGCUUUCACAUCCUUCGCCUUCCGUGAAAUCAACAACAACAACGAACUGCUCAUCCAGCUACAAGUUACCAGCGCCGAAGAGGCAGGUCAUGGACUUGUCGUCUUGCUCAACCAAUCCCUGCUGGAAAUUCCACCCGGUUUCAGGUACCAGUCGGGAAAACCAUUCGUUUCCGAAACGCAAGUCGAUGGUUCUAUCUCCGUGUAUUUUGACUCGGAAGGAAUUAUUAGCACCGUAUUUGUCAAAUUCAGCACUGGAUUCAGUUUCAACAUAAUCUCCACGGGGUUGGGAGCCUUAAGCGUUAUGAGUUUCGCAGAGAUCCACAAUGAGUUCGGAGUGCAAUGGAGAACUACAGCGGCCCAAUCCAUUUUCACUUAUGACUUUGGAAAAACCCACGCCUCAUAUCAAGAUCUCGGGUUCACUCCAAACUUUGACGAACCUAGUCCCGAGGACUUCCCAGAAGCUGGUGAAGUUUGUGGGAAUUCAAAGCAAUGCCUGUACGACUACGUGUCGACGGGUAGUUUGGAUUUCGCCAAAAACACGAAACAAUCCCAAGAUGACUUUGAAGCGGUUCAGGAUACCAUCGAUGAAAUAGUGACAAUGUGCGACCCUCUACAAGCACCUAGCGAUGGCUGGUUUUCGGUUGACAACUAUCUUGCCGGCUCUGUCGCAACUUUCUACUGCAAUCCCGGAUUUGUCGUAGACGGAAGCCCAUCCGUCGUUUGUACUGACGAUGGAACAUGGGACAAGAGGGCGCCGAUCUGUGUAGAAGAACAGGGCUUUGACUGUUCGGGCCGGGAGGAUGGAUAUUACGCAGAUGUUACAGACUGCCGCAAGUACAUAGGAUGCAUCAGGGAGGCCUUGAGAUCAUACACGUGCCCAUUUCCAAUGCUGUUCGACUCUGUGAGGUUCACUUGUGUUCCCGCGAAUUCGGCGGUGUGUGCUUAACCCGUUUCCCCACUUAUUACAUACAUAUUACUUAUUAUUACAUACGGUGCACGAUUUUGUCCAAAGAAAAUUAUAUUAUUUUGUUUAAAUAUUACUUCCACCAUUUCAAUAAUGUCGAAAUACAGACCGGUAAACAAAACUUUAAUCUUCAAAAUCUAUUAUGUUCGUAAUCCAACCCGGUAUGUUCAAAUUAACAGUGCAUCUGCUCUGCUAAAUGCAAUUAUGUGCUUCAUUAUUUUGCAUGCAAUUAGAUUAAUUGAUGCAAUGAGCCGUAAUUUACUUAAAUCGGAUACAUUAAUUUAAAUACAAAUGUCGAAUACGUUAUUCACA